AUGAAGGGCGCCGAGAGCGAGGUCCCCGACGCGCACUUCACUGUAGAUAAACAGAAUGUCUCCCUGUGGCCUCGAGGCAAGAACCUGCGCAAAGCCUGCUCGGAGCUUGAUCCUCCUCCCAAGACAGGUCGGUCUCUGGUUCUGGGGAGAUGUCUCACCGUCGGCGCUGCGGUCAUCUUCCUGACGCUGGUCCUGCUCGCCUCGGUCCUGCUGCAGGCCAUUCUCUAUCCCUGGUUUCUGGGCACAAUAUCAGAUGUCAAGACCAACGCCCAGGUGCUGGAAAGCCGUGUGGACAACAUCAGCGCCCUGAGUUCUGAAGUUAAGAGGAACAGAGGCGGCGUGGAAGCAGCUGGCGUGCAGGUCCAGAUGGUGAAUGCCAGCCUGGAUCACAUGCGAUCUCAGAUCCGGAGGCUGGAAACCGGUGUGAAGGAAGCCAAUGCACGGAUCCAGACACUAACAAGUAGUUGGGAAGCAGUUGAUAAGUUAAAUGCCCAAAUCCCAGGGUUACAAAGAGAUCUGGACAAAGCCAGCGCUUUAAAUGCAAAGGUCCAGGGACUCCAGAGCAGUUUAGAGAACAUCAGCAAGUUGCUCAAACAGCAAAAUGACAUUCUACAGGCAGCUUCUCAAGGCUGGAAGUACUUCAGGGGGAACUUCUAUUAUUUUUCUCGAAUUUCAAAGACAUGGUACAGUGCCGAGCAGUUCUGUAUGUCCAGGAAUUCACACCUGACCUCAGUGACCUCAGAGAGUGAACAGGAGUUUCUCUACAAGAUGGCAGGCGGACUUUUAUACUGGAUUGGCCUGACCAAAGCAGGAAGUGAGGGGGACUGGUACUGGGUGGAUGAUACCCCAUUCAACAAGGUCCAGAGUGCGAGGUUCUGGAUUCCGGGUGAGCCCAACAACACUGGGAACAACGAACAUUGUGCCAAUAUAAAGCAGUCCUCACUUCGGUCGUGGAAUGAUGCCUCCUGUGACAAUACGUUUCUCUUCAUCUGUAAACGACCCUAUAUCCCAUCAGAGCCAUGACAGGACUGGCCCCCAAGCUUGCAUUUUGAGCUACAAUGUUUGCUGAAUGCGAGGAAAUGGCACUCUCUCAUCUACACUCCAGGGUGACUCUGACCCUGAAUUUUUCUUGCUUUAAAAUUGUCCUAAAGGCAGCCUGGAGUCCAUCUGCUUUGGCUGGGAAUUCUCUGAGCUGAAAUGGAAAGAAGAUCUCGGGUUAAAAUAGGAGGUGAAGGUGGAGAGGAUUAUGCAUUCAAACUGCCCCAGUGAGGUGAAUCAGGACCCACAAGCUGGGGCAGCACCUGGGGUCCCAUCCCUUCAGAGAACCCUCAGUUUCAUUGCAUGAAGGUUGCUUCCGACCACCCAAGCAGUUCUCCUGAGACUGAGACUCAGGGCUUUUCUGGUUGACCCCCACAAUUCCCAGUUGCCUGCUUAGGCGGCUGUGUUCUCAGUGGGAGGAGCUCUGUUCUUGGUGACCUUCUUCAUGCCAUGUCCCCGUGGCCCCUUCAUCCCUGUCCUCUGAGAUCGGAGCCCCUUCCUCUCUAGGAUGGGCUCAACUGGUCCAGAUCAGGGGCUGCCAUGGAAAUGUGUCUCCUUAGAGCUAGAUCAGCAUCCAUUUGCCUUCUCCCUCCACCUCCCUCACUAAACUCUGGGGCCCGUCUGUCUGCCCAGCCCCUCUGCCUCACCUCCUUACCCCUCCACUUUCUCCUGCAUUUCCUCUCUUCCCAGGGCACAGGGGAAGUGGUCUUCA